AUGCCGCGAACGAAAUUGAGUCCAACAAGACUAGAAGAGGACGAAUCAAACAAUCAAAGGACACAGCAGCAAAUGGCAUCGACCAAUAUUUUGGACAAGUGCUAUGGAGACAUGGAGAAGUUUUUGAUCAAUUACAAGAAGAGGGAUGAAGAAAAGAAGAAAUUGAAUGCCUUCAAGACUGAAUCGCGUCACGAAUCAAAUCAUUCGCUUCAAAUGCAAAACCCGAAGCCUGCGCCCGGUCGCCAGCUGUCCAAGGCCGAGCGUUACCGAUGGAUCAUCCAAGAACCCUCAUCAACCAAUCAGCAAAACUCGUCAAUCCGCGGAGGUUCCCCUAAGAACCAGCGAUCUCCAAGCUCUCCGAACGGAACUUCCAGAGGACUUGUUCAGAACACCGCUGGGGUCGGGCCAGCUGGCGAUGUCUCGUACAACUCGCGGCUGAUCAAGAGCAUCAUGAAAGGAGCCAGUGACUUCAAAUGCAAACAUUGUGGAGAGAGCUUCGACAAACUCGACAGUCUUACCAAGCAUAUGAUGAUCCAGGGCCAUUUUACAGAAACUGAUGAUGAUGCACAAGCUGCUGACAGUCUGAACUUGUCGAGGAAAUCAAGCGCUUCAAUGGAUCUCCGCGCCAAUUUCAAUGGCGAAGCAAAAAAUCCAGCAAAAAAGGAUGAAGAAAGUUCUGCAGCAAAAGUUCUUAGUUGCUUGAGAUGUGGGGCGAGUUUUGAUAGCCUCCCGGAUCUUUCCUGCCAUAUGGCAAGGACUAAUCAUCAUGAAAGUAUACCAAGCCUGAAAACCUUCAACUCUUCAACAUCAUCCCCUUUCUCCCAACUCCCGAAACCCGGCCAAAAAGGCUUCGGCUUCCCCACUCAGAAUUCCCUCCAAACCGCUUCACUUCCAUCCGUCCCACUUUUUCCUCCCUCCUCUCUUGGAGCCUCAUUUCUUCAACCCUCCGCCCUGGCCGGACGAAUUCCGAUGCUGCCCGGCUCCCUUCCGCUCUACAACGCCUUUUUCCCGCUCAUGAGACCUCAGGUGUCGCAUACGGCGCUGCAGAGUUUGCUUCAGCAGCAGACAUUGGCGCUGCUUCAAACUCAGUUGCAUCAAAAUCUGGCGGCUCAGACGGCGCAGAAAUCGGAUAAUGAAGAAAUUGAUGAUUCAAGAUCACAUGCUUCAAGCUCUAGAAGUCCUAGCAGAACAAAUAAAAUGCCAGCGGCAAGUUGUUCGCGGCUGAGCAGUAGCAGUGGGAGACAAGGAGGAGGAAACGGUGAAGAGCCACUAGAUUUGUCGAAGAAACGACCCCUUAGGCAUCGGAUAAUCCCUCUUGAUCGAGAAGAGCCAGUGAUCACGGAAAGUGUCAAGAACCGCUCAUCACUCUCUAGAUCGUCUUCUUUUCGCACAUUUCUUGAUCGAUACGGCCAAAUCCACUGUAUCGCAAAUCUAGCGCCAAAUUAUCCGAUCGGAAGUUGUAGCAGGUCGAAUUCGCCGAUUUUGGAGAAAGAAUCUGCGAUGUCACAUGACAGCGACAUUGACAUCGUAGCUCCGACAUCGCCUGGAAAUGAAAAUAUUCAUGAGGAUCACGAGCUGGAACCACCUUCAAAAAUGCCCCAUCUGGACAAUCCCACCUCACCUGACAACUCUUCUUCAAGAAAAUCAUCAGCCUCUCCUCCGCGAGGAAACCCAAUCAUGGCCAUUGAAAACCUCAUAAACUCCCAAAAUCUCGAAAAGAAAAAACAAAGUGGAAUGGCUAAAAAGUGA